GGGACGGGUUAUCCAGGCCCCGCCCCGGCCGCGGAGCCAAUGGGCGCGCAGACAGCCGGGCAGGCGGGGCUGGGCGCGGGCGGUGGCGGCCCGGAGGAGAACGGGCGGAGGGCGCGGGCCGACCGGGCGCACCGACCAUGGCCUCCAAAUGCCCCAAGUGCGACAAGACCGUGUACUUCGCCGAGAAGGUGAGCUCCCUGGGUAAGGACUGGCACAAGUUCUGCCUCAAGUGCGAGCGCUGCAGCAAGACGCUGACGCCCGGGGGCCACGCCGAGCAUGACGGGAAGCCGUUCUGCCACAAGCCGUGCUACGCCACCCUGUUCGGACCCAAAGGCGUGAACAUCGGGGGCGCGGGCUCCUACAUCUACGAGAAGCCCCUGGCGGAGGGGCCGCAGGUCACCGGCCCCAUCGAGGUCCCCGCGGCCCGAGCAGAGGAGCGGAAGGCCAGCGGCCCCCCGAAGGGGCCCAGCAGAGCUUCCAGUGUCACAACUUUCACCGGGGAGCCCAACACGUGCCCGCGCUGCAGCAAGAAGGUGUACUUCGCUGAGAAGGUGACGUCUCUGGGCAAGGAUUGGCACCGGCCCUGCCUGCGCUGCGAGCGCUGCGGGAAGACACUGACCCCCGGCGGCCACGCGGAGCACGAUGGCCAGCCCUACUGCCACAAGCCCUGCUAUGGAAUCCUCUUCGGACCCAAGGGAGUGAACACCGGUGCGGUGGGCAGCUACAUCUAUGACCGGGAUCCCGAAGGCAAGGUCCAGCCCUAGGCCACAGCGGCUGUCAUGAUGUGGGCUCACCUGCGCCCCAGACCCUGCAGGGGCCCCCCUGCUUGGCUCUGCUGGGAGAGUGCUCAGCCGCCCAGUCCUGCCUGCAAGCCCAGGGCGAGUAUUGGAGGAGGGGCAGCCACGGGCAGAGCGCCAUGCCCAUCCCUGAGUCUCUAGUGUGUCUGCCCCCUCUGGCGUCCUCUGGGCGUCCCAUGACCCCUUCUGUGUCUGCGUGUCCGAAUCCCCGUGUGACCCUGUCCCAGCGUUUUCCUGCCGGCCCUGCGCAUCCCUGCGUGUCCCUGUGUGUCCCUGUGGCGCUGUCCGCUCUCCCUCUCCUGCUGCCCACCCACCUGCCAGUGUUAUUUAUGCUGCCUUCAUGGGUGAUGGCCACGCCCCCACCAUGUCCCUGGCAGAGGGCUUCCCUCCGGGAUCCCCUGCCUGGUGCCCACACGUCCUCGCAAGCGCUCGCCACCCUCACGUGGCCCACCUGCUGUUGAGCCUUGUGCUGUCAAUAAACGGUUUGAGGAUUGCA